AUGAAAGCUGAUGCAAGUUCAGAGCCAGUGGGUGCAGUAAGGCCACCACUGCCUUUCCCCCAAAGGUUGCAGAAGAAGAAUGAUGAUUGCAUGUUUAACAAAUUUCUCUCUAUGUUGAGCCAGGUUCAAUUAAAUAUUCCAUUGGUUAAUAUACUUCUUCAAAUUCCAGAAUAUGCUAAGUACAUCAAAGAUAUAGUGGCUCACAAUAGGAGAUUGACUGAAUUCGAGACAGUCGCACUUACUGGGGAGUGCACCUCGAGGGUCCAAAACAAGCUUCCUCAAAAGCUUAAGGAUCCUGGCAGCUUCACCAACCCUGUGCGGAUUGGUAAUGUUGAUGUAGGCCAUGCUUUUUGUGAUUUGGGGGAGAGCAUAAACCUGACACCUUUGUCCUUGUUGAAGAAACUUGGUCUGGGACCUCCAAGACCAACUACUGUAAUGUUGCAAUUAGCCGAUAGAUCCAUUACUUACCCCGAAGGAGUGAUUGAAGAUAUGUUGCUGCAAAUUGGGAAAUUCAUCUUCCCAGCGGACUUUAUUAUUGUAAUGACCCGACCGGUUAUUUUGAGCACUUGCAUUUUGCUCGCCAGUUCUAGGAUAUGA